CGCUGUAACUAAAAACAAAAAAUAGGAAAUAGUUAUAAUUAAUUGUAUAGGUUGAUGGUCAAGGUCCAAGUGGAAAAGGUGACCCUGUGACAUAUACUAUCAAGUAGUCUAUUGGCAGAUAUAUAACAUGGUUACAUCUCUUCUUAUAAAACUAUAAAAUUACAUAAUGUGAAAGUAAAAAUUCAAGAAAAUAAUCUGUACAGAAGAGGGACCCCUUUAUUUGGAAGCGGAAGAUAAACCACAGUUUACUUUAGAACAAACACGUCGGAUUUUAUAAGAUUAAAAAUUUGUGUUGCAGUCAAACUGUCUUCAGUAUCAAGAGUAUUACUACCUUAAAUGAUGUUUUCUUAAUAAGCUGCCUAAAAAUUAGUAGGCCUUAAAAUGGAAAUAUUAUUGACAAUUUUGCUGGUUUUGACAAGAAUUUUAGAUUUUAUUACCGAGCCGUUUUUUAAAUGUGCUGCAAAAAAUAAGAGGCUAUAUCUGCCUCCGCUGAAAAAUGAAGAUAUUUUGAAAAUUAAUGCUACAGAAUUGGCAAAGAAAAUUAGACAUAAAAAGAUAUCGGCACUCGAAGUUUGCAAAGCAUAUAUACAGAGAAUUAAAGACGUCAAUCCCAUUUUGAAUGCCAUCGUGGAGGACAGAUUUAGAGAGGCUUUAAGGGAAGCAAAACAAGUCGACGCUUAUCUGCAAAAAACCUCAUUAACCCUAGAGGAAAUAGAAAAAUUUAAACCUCUUUUAGGUGUUCCCGUCACUGUUAAAGAAUCAUGUGGCGUAAAAGGGCUGAGUCUUUGUUGUGGCCUUUUAUCCAGGAAAGGCUUUACGGCGCAAACGGAUGGGGAAGUUGUGGCAAAAAUUAAAAGCUGCGGCGGUAUAAUUUUAUUAGUUUCGACUACGCCAGAAUUAGUUAUUAGCUGGGAAACUUGGAGUCAUGUAAAUGGAUAUACCAAUAACCCUUAUAAUACAACUUGUACUCCUGGAGGAUCGUCUGGAGGUGAGGGAGCACUUUUAGGAUCAGCAGCUUCUUUGGUAGGCAUAGGUUCUGAUAUAGCAGGCUCUCUGAGAUUACCAGCUCUCUUUAAUGGAGUAUUUUCUCAUAAACCUACCCCAAAGGUUGUAGCUCUAAAGGGUCAUUGGCCUCUAGGGGAAGAUCCUAAAUACCAACAGUUUUUAGUUAUAGGACCUCUAACUCGUUAUGCUUGUGAUUUAAGACUUAUGAUGAAUGUUAUGUGCAAUGACAAAAAGUGUGCAGAACUGAAAAUUAGUGAAAGGGUUGACCUAAAGCAAAUAAAUAUAUUCUGUAUAGAAGAGCUCCACGACAUAACUCAGCCAAAAGUUUCAGAUAGCAUUAAAAAGGCCGUAAAUGAAUCGGUUAAAUAUUUAACAGAAAUAAAAGGGUGUAAACUUAUUAAAUAUAAUUUCAUGAGUUUUAAUAAAGCCAUGUAUAUAUGUGGCUCAGAAUUGUACACUUUAAAAGAUAUUCCAGAUGCACUUAAAUGGGAAAAUGCAAAUUUCUGGACAGAACUAGUCCUAUCAAUUUUCUGGAAAUCAAGAUUUACUUUGAAUUUAAUGUACGCUUACGUUAUACAAAAAAUUUAUCAGUGUUUCGUCGGCAACUAUACAGCUAAAUAUGAAGAAAUGAAACAAGAGGUUCUGGAAAAACUUGGGGAUAAUGGUGUUAUUAUUCUUCCAACAUCCAUUGGACCUGCCCAUAAGCAUAACCAAAUGUUUUUUAAGAAUAUCUAUGCUUACCUUAUACUGGCUAAUGCAUUAGGGCUCCCAGCAAGUGCGGUCCCAUGUGGCCUAGAUACGAAUGGAAUGCCUAUUGGUGUGCAAGUGAUUGCUGCACCGUAUCAAGACAGAUUAUGCUUGGCAGUUGCUGAAGAACUGGAACGCCAUUUUGGAGGCUGGGUACCUCCACCUAAAAAAAAAUAAGUAAUGUGAUAUUAUUAAUAGUAUUUUAUUCUUGACGUGAGAAAUAGGAUAAACAUUGUUAUUAUGAUACGCACGUGAUACGUUAAAUCAUAGUGUUUUUUAGUUUUGCUCCACGAAUGUUUGGUAAUGGAUUUUGCUAUAGAUUAUUUAGUAUGGAUACAUUUGCCACUAAAAAAAGUGCCACUUAAAGAAGAGAUACAUUUAAUUGCAAAAUGUUAUUGUAAUAAUAAAUUAUGUAAUAGACCAAAUAA